AUGAAGACAGCAAUUUUAUUUUCAGCAGCUAAUGCCCAGCUUAUCUCCUUUGGAAAAAGCUGCUACAGUCCUCCACUCAUCGCCGACUUCGACUUAGACAGAUACUACGGUAAAUGGUGGGAAAACGCUCGAACUCCAGUUUCUUUCUCUGGAGACGACGAUAAAUGCGGAGGCGCCGAGUACGGCCCCGUCGAUGCGUCCACCAUCACCGUCAAUAAUUCCCACAUCAUUCCGUACAGCGAUAACUCUGGCAGCGGCCUGGAACUCCAGAGCAUUCUCGGAAACGCCAAGAUUCUUGAUGCCAACUUCCCAAACAAGCUUCUCGUCUAUUUCGACUACGGAUACCAACUCAUUGAGUCAAGAGAUGAGCGAGCUAACUACUGGAUCAUGGAUACCAACUACGAUGAAUAUUCGAUUGUCAUGAACUGCGAAGACUUCGGUUCCUUCUCGCUCGAGUGA